UCUCAUCAGCACAACAUAGAACUACGAGAUCCAAGAGGAAGAACCCCUUUGAUGCUUGCCGUUGCUUUAGGUCACCUUGAAACUACUCGAGUUCUGCUGAGGCAUAAUGCCAAUGUGAACGUUGACUAUAAAGAUGGUUUUACAGUGAUCCACGAGGCUGUCAGUACUGGGGAUCCAGAACUCCUGCAAGCAGUCUUGGAGCAGCGAGACUUUCAGCGAUAUAGCAGCCGUAUUGGAGGGAUUCCAGAGCUCUUGAAGAAGAUAAGAGAUACACCUGACUUUUAUGUGGAAAUGAAAUGGGAAUUUACAAGCUGGGUUCCCCUGGUGUCCAGAAUGUGCCCGAGUGAUACUUAUAAAGUUUAUAAAAGUGGGUCCAAUGUUAGAAUAGAUACAACUUUGCUUGGGUUUGACCAGACAAGUUGGCAACGAGGGAGUCGAAGCUAUAUUUUUAAAGGAAACAGUAACAGUGCUGUUAUGAUGGAAGUUGACCACGAACUUUCUCAGGUUUACAUGGAAAACAUGCGAGUCCUCCCAGUACAACUAGCAGACAUGACAGGAAUUAUCCGUCCAUCACCAGAGGCAAUAUCUGCACGUCUCACAACACCUAUUGUGACAACAUAUGUUGAUACUGAGAAAAUUAACUUUGAAAGGUGCAGGUCAGGGCUGUGGGGCUGGAGGACUGACAAGACUGAACUAGUUAAUGGAUAUGAUUGUAAGGUAUUUGGAGCUAACAAUGUUGAGCUGAUUACAAGGACUCGGACAGAACACCUAACAGAAGCUGACAAGACUCAUCAGCAUUUGGUUCGUUCUCCUCUUCACUCAUUCCUUGGCAUUGUGGAGAUGGAAGAAAGAGAAUUAGCUUCUCUUCUCAAUGGAGACAGACGAGAAAGUCGAGGAAACCCUUGCCAUAUAACAGCUGAGGAGUACUUUGACUCCAAUGUCGAUCUAGGUAACAAAGAUGUUGGAAGGCCUCGAGAAGUGUCGUCCAAAAUUCAAAAGUUUAAAGCAAAUCUCUGGUUAGCUGAGAACUAUCCUCUUUCACUUCCAGAACAGAUUUUACCAAUAAUUGAUCUUAUGGCUAUUAGCAGUACUCAUUUUGCGAAACUUCGGGAUUUUAUAACACUACAACUUCCUUCUGGUUUUCCAGUCAAAAUAGAAAUACCAUUGUUUCAUGUGUUAAAUGCUCGUAUUACGUUUGGAAAUAUUUUUGGGUUGGAUGAAUCUGUUCCUGGUGUCACACCAAUAGUGGAUGAUAACACUAAAGCUUGUGUUGUGGAUGAAAGUUGUUUUGAUGCUCCAGCUUCAUACACAAGAAUUGGAAGUGACGAAGUCAGACAGCUUAGCAUCGACGAGGAUGAUGAGCUCCUCCAGCUCGCAAUACAACAUUCCCUCAUUGAGGCAGGUAGUGAGGAGGAUCAGGUCACGAUUUGGGAGGCACUAACUUCUCAGCGUCCAAGCUCUGGAAAUAGCCCUGGGGACGAGAGUGCUCUCCAGAGGGCACUACAGGAAAGCAUGACUGACUGUUGGAACAACAGCUCGCCUCUUGUCGGUGUUGCAGAUGAAGCUACUUCAACGGCUGGAGACAAGGACCCCCAGCUUAUUCUGGCCUUGAGGUUAUCCCAGCAGGCAGCUGAGGAUGAAAGGAGAAAACUAGAAGAAGAAGAAGUAGAAUUAGAAAGAGUUUUAAGAUUAUCAUUAACAGAAAAGUAGUCAAUAUGUAAUGUAUCACUAAGCUACCUAAACUGCCCUGUACGUAUGAUUCUAGGUUAAAAUCACAUAUUUAAUAAUCAAGAAUUUGUACAAAAUUAAUUGUCAAAACAUACCUUUAUCCUCCUCAUUUCUCUUGAAUUGUAUUGUAAUUUAGGGUAGAAUGACUCAUGAUACAUUUUGUUGUGAAUGUCCAGCUUUAUUCCCCUUGCUGAUAGCUAAAUUUUUUACAAGUGUAGGACUUGGAAGCUUACACUCCAUUGUUUGUUAGUUCUUGUGGAAUUGGUUGAAAAUUUUACAACAUCAAGUGUUUUUUAUGCAUUAUGUGUUUGUGCCUGUGUCUUUGUAACUAUAAUUCUUAAAUAUUGCAAGAGAAACUUCACUAAUAAUGAGAAACUAUAACUGUAAAACAAGAUGACUUUUUGACCACUUUUUGUCAAAUCAAAGUAUUUUUUCUUUUCUUGAUAAGUAAGUGAUUGAAACGUCACCUUUGAGAAAAAAGUAAGUGUGACAAUUAUAAUCUUCCCCUUGCUAUAUCUUAUAUGUUGCUCAUUUAGGUUUUUGUUUCUAUUUUCAAAAGAAGAAAAACAAAAUACAGUUUAAAAUAUAUUGAACAAAAAAAUCAGUCUGAUAAAUUACACUUAUUAAAAUAAAUCCAUAUUUUGUUGAGUUUUAAACAUUGCUUAGCUGAGAAGGUUUUUAUAUGACAGCAAAAGAAAGUCACUAAAUAGGAAACUUUUUUUGUUGUUGUUGAAGAACUAGGACUGAUAAUAAAUAAUAUUGUAAUGUCUUCUUUUGGGAAAAUAAAAUCUGAAACUUUCAUUAUGCACAGCUUUAUUCCCACAUCUUGUAAUGUGUCA